GCUCUCCUGACUUGGCUGGUACAGCACUUGUAACAGUUUGAAUAGCACAGCCAAAGCUUUUUUCUGACAGAUCUCCCCUGUACCUCCUGUGCUGCCUUACUUCCCUUUUCUUCCUUCCCUCUUCUUAUCUGUUGGUGGGGAUUUUGGAGGGUUGGGAAAGGGAGGUAGGAGAGUCACAUUAUUCCUGGAAGAGAGGAGAGGAACAUCCAAGAUGACUUCUGUCCCCACAGCCAACUGGAACAUGAGCAUGAGCAGCAGGGGGAACGUGAGCCUUGCUGCAGCAAGUGAUGCCUGGGGACAGGCACUGGGAGCGCCAGCUGGAAAUGCUUCUCCCCCCAUAGCAUCCUCACCGAGCAACUUCUCCAAUCAGUUUGUACAACCCUCUUGGCGCAUUGCCCUGUGGUCUCUGGCUUAUGGUGGUGUGGUGGCAGUGGCCGUUUUUGGAAAUCUCAUUGUCAUCUGGAUUAUUCUGGCUCACAAGCGCAUGAGGACAGUGACAAACUACUUCCUGGUGAAUCUGGCCUUCUCUGAUGCCUCCAUGGCUGCUUUCAAUACCCUCAUCAACUUCAUCUAUGCGCUGCACAGUGAGUGGUACUUCGGAGAGGCUUACUGCCGCUUCCACAACUUCUUCCCAAUCACAGCUGUCUUCGCCAGCAUCUACUCCAUGACAGCAAUAGCUGUGGACAGAUACAUGGCCAUUAUUGAUCCCUUGAAACCCAGGCUCUCUGCAACUGCUACCAAGGUGGUCAUUGGGAGCAUAUGGAUUUUGGCUUUCCUGUUGGCCUUUCCCCAGUGCCUAUACUCCAUAACCAAGGUGAUGCCUGGGAGAACUCUUUGCUAUGUAGCAUGGCCAGGUGGUCCAAAACAGCAUUUUACGUAUCAUAUCUUUGUGAUUGUGCUGGUCUACUGCUUUCCACUGCUUGUCAUGGGCGUCACUUAUUCCAUGGUGGGAAUUACUCUCUGGGGAGGAGAAAUACCAGGUGACACAUCCAACAAAUAUCACGAGCAGCUCAAAGCUAAAAGAAAGGUGGUAAAAAUGAUGAUUGUGGUUGUGCUGACAUUUGCCAUCUGCUGGCUGCCCUACCACAUUUACUUCAUAGUCACUGGUAUCUAUCAACAAUUAAAUAGGUGGAAAUACAUUCAGCAAAUCUAUUUAGCCAGCUUUUGGCUUGCCAUGAGCUCUACAAUGUACAAUCCCAUUAUCUACUGCUGUCUUAAUAAGAGGUUCCGAGCUGGCUUCAAGCAAGCUUUCCGCUGGUGCCCCUUCAUUGAAGUGUCCAGCUAUGAGGAGCUAGAGCUCAAGGCAGCCCGGUUUCAUCCCACCCGGCAAAGUAGCCUAUAUGCUGUGUCCAGAAUGGAGUCCAGCAUGACAGUGGUGUUCGACACUAAUGAUGGAGACAGCAUGCACGCCAGCCACAAGAAAAGAGCACCUCCGAGGGACUUGAAUUUUAAUGGUUAUUCACAGAGGAAUUCCAAGACCGUCUCCACAGCCUCAAGUCUCAUCAGUUCACUGCACACUUCAGCAGAUGCUUAUUCCUAAACAUUUCAUGGUGACAGCUGCUAGAUGGGCAGCACUGGACAAUUGUCUCCUACUUUGGGACUAGAUAUUCACACCACGGGAAAGCAAAACAGAUUCCACUGACAAAUCCCAGCUAUAAAUGUUGUGAGACUUUUAUGUAUCACUUACUUUUUUGCUUUGGAGAGAAAGAGGAAUUCGAAGACAUGCAUAUGCCUCAGUCCAAAAGCACAAUUGCACCUUAUACACAACAAUGUCUGUAGGGCUUAUCCAAAAUAAGCCAACAGCAUAAAAAACAUUGUUUCAGUUGCAUCUGACCUGUGGCAUUUAUGUCUUACUUACUGAAGUGUAACUGGCCUCUUUACUUAUUGAAGCUGAAAUGUACGAUGUUUUCUAUUAUGAGAGUAUUAACUCUACAGUAACAAAAUUACAUGAGAUUUGAUAAAAAAUGUCUUUAUAAUGAAGAUCUAAUGAGCCCCAAGUCUAUUAAAUUUACAGUUUAGCCCUAUUUCCAGGCAAAUAGACAAAAUGCAAGUGAAUGAAGUUCAGCUCUGUCUGCA